AUGCUGUCGCUAUCAUCAUCAUUAUCAUCAACAACACCAGAUGCAAUUCUUAUUGCAUCAUGGAAUAAUAUGUUAGCACAUGUAAAUUAUUAUUUUUCGAUAUUUUUGUUUAUAUUUGGUGUUAUUGGAAACAUUCUUAAUAUUCUUGUUUUAUCACAACGAUCGUUACGAUCAAAUCCAUGUGCAUGGUUAUUUCUUAUUUCAUCAUUGGCAAAUUUUAUUGUACUUUUAUCUGGUCUUACAACACGAAUUAUCUCAUAUUGGACGGAUGAUUUAACAGAUAGAAUCGGAUGGCUUUGUAAACUUCGUGCUUUUAUUCUUUACACAUCGAGAACCAUUUCAUCAUGGUUAAUCAUGUUAGCAAGUAAUGAUCGUUGGCUUUUAUCAUGUCUUAGUGCUCGUCGUCGAUUAUUAAGUUCAUUAAAACGUGCUCGUCAAGGAACAAUUAUUAUUAUUCUAUUUUCGUUAAUUCUUUAUUCACCACUAUUUUAUUGUUAUGAAGCAAAUUUAAUAAAUACACCACUUAAAUGUUAUAGUAGAACAAUUCUAUGUCGAAUAUUUGCCGAACUAAUUUAUACAUGUAUAACAAUUAUAUUUCCAUUGAUAUUAAUGCUUUUAUUUGGUUUUAUGACAAUAUCAAAUGUACGUAAAUUAAAAUAUCGUUUACAAUCUCCACUUUUACCAAGACUAAGUAAUGCAAUAAAUUUUAAUGAUCAACGACAAAGAUUUCGACGUAUAGAUCGUCAUUUAUUAAUAAUGCUUCUUAUACAAAUUAGUUUUCUUGCUUUAUUUACACUUCCACAAGCAAUACAACAAAUAUAUUCAACAAUAACACGAAAUAAAAAUAAAACAUCAAUACAAAAUACAAUUGAAACUUCAAUUUAUUCAUUUGAAAUUUUAUUAACUUAUUUAGCUAGUGGAAUGUCAUUUUAUAUCUAUACAUUAAGUGGUGGUUGUAUUUUUCGACAAGCAUUUUUUACUGUUAUUAGACGUAUGAAAGAAACAAUUUUAUGUCAAUAA